AAAAAGGGCAUUUUUUUUAAAAAUUAUAGCUACUUUCACUUUCAUAUUUUCAGACAUGGCUCCUACACUAUUUGGUGAAAUUUUCUCUGAAUUCUUAAAGAAAACAGGUACAGCUUUUAAGCUUUCUGCGGUGUUGGGUCCGAGUGUUUUCAUCAACUUCAUGCUUAAGUUGGAGCAAAUGUGUGUCUGCAAACACUCUGGCGAGGACAACCAGUUUUUCUUAGUAUCUUACAUGUUUUGUCCAGCACUGAUUUUGCUUAUCAUCAUUGUGCUGAUGGACAAGACCAGCAUCACAUGCUGGCCACUUUGCUGCAGCCCUGAGGGCCGGAAAAAACUUUUCUCUCAUUCGCUCUGCUGCAGAAAAGGAUGUACAGUAGUUAUGAAAGGUGUGUUUGGAGCAAGUGUUUGGAUAAUAUCAGUACUGCUUGAUGGCGACUGGUACGUGUGUUUUAAAACAUCACGUAACAUCAGGGAUGUCCUUGGAGAUCUUCCCUGCAAGAGUGAAGACCGUGACACAACUGAAGAAAAUUCCAGAAUCACUCAGUAUUACAAUGUUUCACGGGCUAUAAGCCUUAUUUUGGCCACUAUCCUGGCAAUUGUAUGGGCUAUAGUUAGAUGCUGUCAGGGUGGCUCCUCAUAUUACAAAUAUAAAUAUGAAAAAUAUCAGGAAAGGGAAACAGGAAAAGCCCUGAAAGAACACUUACAAGAACUUGCAAAACAAAACGCUAAAAAGACCUGCCUUCUGGUAUUAUCUGCAAUUCAGGAAACAUCUGGGGCGUCUACGACACAGUCACAGCCUCCAACUGUGGAACAAGUUAUUGUAGAGCCUUUAACCGAAACUCAGAGACGAAACCUAAUCGACAGAGCAAAAAAGACCCAACUACAACAGAAAACACUUGAUGACCUUUGGGGAAAAAUGUCAGAACCAGAUUUUUGCUUAUCCGGACUCCAGUUAGCUAUAAAAAGGAACCAAUCAGCAGUCACUGCAGAUCCAGCAUCGACCGAUGGGAGCCGUGGGAGGGCAGGUCCCUCCAGUGAGAACCAACCAGCAGUCGCCUCAAAUCCAGCAGCACUCAGUCAGAGUGAAGAGGAAAUGCUGUUGAGUUCCACCACUGACAGGCAGCAUAGACCCACUACAGCUGAUCCCAUGGAACUGAGAGGGAUGCAGUGACCGUUACAGGUCAAAGUCACAUAAUUCGGUCUCAGUGUUGCGGAUAGUUUGCAGAAACUUGGAUGAAGAUCCUCCAGCAUCAAACAGUAAAUAAUGAUCCUCCUCUUUGAACCUCAGUGAUGGUGAGCAGCGGUUCCAUCGCGGUGAGAGCUGUUCGGUCCCGGGUUUGAAUCGCCUUAUAAUAGGAGGAAUUACAGUACAUACCCUGAGUUACUCCAGUAAGAAUACCAUGCUGUGUAAAUUAGUCAUUAUGGAAAUAACACCGUCAGUUAGGUAAUAGUAUUUUUUAUUUCUUUCUUAAUUUGACUUUGCUUUGAGAUUCCUUCCCUUUCAGACAGUUAAACCAACUUUGAUUUCUCUCUGAACUGCCCUUUCUUGGCUUCUCUAGCAUGUGCUUAGUGUAUCAACAUAAAUUUAAUUUUCUUCAUUUGUUACUGAAAUAACCCUUCUAUGGGCAUGAACUGAGGACAUGGCAUCCAUUUAUUGGGUCAUGCUGUUCCUUUCUGUCCUGUGAAAACCCAAGGUAUUUAUCCUCUUAUUCUGUUAAAGCUCUGAAAUUGAAUACUUGCGCAGUACACAGUCAAAUUCACUGAUUAUAUUCUGUUGACCAGUUUAUUCUUCGCGUAUUAUGACAGUAUAUCAAGAUUGCACAAUGUAACAAAUUUUAUUAUGAGUUAAGGAUUUUCCAUUCAGCUUUGUUAGAUUAAGCAUACUUUUGGUGUAAGUUCAUACUGUGUCAGUUCUUGGAAAAAUAUUCCAUAUUCUGGAAAUUAGUAAAUUUUGCCACCAAAUAUUCCAGUACCUCUUAGUAUGUGAUGCUUUUCAGAAUGUUCUGGAACCUUUUAGAAUCUUCUAAUAACUGCAAGUUUCUGUGGCUAAAACAGACACUCUAGAAGAACUAGUGGCAUUUAUGUAAUCAGUAAAUGUUAAUCAUAGUCAACAACCGAGAACUUUGCAAAAUUGUUACAUUCUGUUAUUGGAUAGUGGUGUCUGUACAGGUGAAGAUCACGCUUCUGCUAUGGUAUAUUAGUUUGAGACAUUUAGCCAUGUUUUAUGGAGGUAUUUGAACUUCCUUAUUGUAUGCAAUAAUGUUGCUUGACUGAGUUCAA